AUGAUGAAUCAACUACAAAGAAUUUUCUCUGCUCGUCGCUUAUCUCCCACAUUCAUACCUCCGUCGUGUUUUCUUCAUCGGCGUCCUUUAUCGACCUCGGAUACUCAUGCUUCAUCAGCAGCUUUGCAUCAGAAGAUGAAAACGCCUGAAGACGGAGCUUCCAGUAAAAGCCCAAGUACACCGUCAAAAACAUCUUCUCUGAAUGAACAUGAACUCGCCAAAUUCUCUGCCAUUGCUGAUACCUGGUGGCAUUCUGAAGGACCAUUUAAACCGUUGCAUCUAAUGAAUCCAACUCGGUUGGCUUUCAUUCGCUCAACCUUAUGUAGGCAUUUCAGUAAGGAUCCAAAUUCUGCUAGGCCUUUUGAAGGACUGAGACUUAUCGAUGUAGGUUGCGGUGGGGGACUACUAUCUGAGCCUCUAGCACGGAUGGGAGCAACUGUCACUGGAAUUGAUGCUGUUGAUAAGAAUGUCAAGAUUGCUCGUCUUCACGCUGAUAUGGAUCCAGUGACUUCAACGAUUGAAUACCAUUGUACUACAGCAGAAAAGCUGGUGGAUGAAGGGAAGACGUUUGAUGCUGUUCUUGCCUUAGAGGUCAUCGAGCAUGUAGCAAACCCUGCAGAAUUCUGCAAGUCGUUGUCAGCGUUGACCAUCCCUAACGGCGCCACCAUACUUUCUACAAUUAAUCGCUCUAUGCGAGCAUAUGCAUCAGCCAUUGUUGCAGCAGAGUACAUUUUACAUUGGCUUCCCAAAGGCACACACCAGUGGUCAAGUUUUCUUACGCCUGAAGAACUUACGAUGAUACUACAUCGUGCUUCAAUCGAUGUGAAAGAGAUGGCUGGAUUUGUGUACAACCCGAUAACAGGACGAUGGUUAUUGUCAGAUGACAUUAGUGUCAACUUCAUUGCUUAUGGGACGAAAAGGAAUGAUCUUGGAGACAUAUGA